AUGGGGAUUGGGAGUUGGCUAGUAUUUUAUUUUGCGUUUUAUGUCUUUUGGCAUGUGCCCUGGCUCCAUCUUUACAACGUCUUUCCCCUCACGCUCGCCAAUCCCUACAUUCAAUAUCCCGGCCGCCGCCGCCUCUUUACCCUCCGUUGCUCUCCGCCGGCGCCGGACCGUCGGCUCUCGCCGACUACCUCUGCUUCGUUGACUGUUAAAGGCUAUACCCAAAAAUACUCCAAAGUGGGUGGUAAUUUGUUGAGGCACUUUGGGAACAACUUAUCUGGGAUUUUGGGCAAGCCUUGUGAGACCAUUGCACAGCCAAGCUGCAACACUAUUUUCUAUCAGCAACAGCAAAGAACAUUCAUACAAAUGAGGACGAAUCUGAAGGUUGUGGACAACUCUGGCGCGAAACGGGUUAUGUGCAUCCAAGCAUUGAAGGGGAGAAAGGGUGCACGACUUGGUGAUACCAUUAUCGCUUCUGUUAAAGAAGCACAACCAAAGGGUAAGGUGAAGAAAGGAGAGGUUGUUUAUGGUGUGGUUGUUCGUGCGGCCAUGCAGCGUGGUCGCUGUGAUGGCAGUGAAAUUAAGUUUGAUGAUAAUGCAGUCGUCCUCGUCAACAAGCAGGGAGAGCCUAUCGGUACUCGGGUCUUUGGUCCAGUACCCCAUGAACUGAGGGAGAAGAAACAUGUGAAGAUAUUAACAUUGGCUGAGCACAUAGCCUGAGUUAUAUCAUCUUUUUUCUUUAUUGGACGUCCUCUUUGGUCUUUCUAUGUGCUUGGCGAAUGAAUGUUGUUAACUGAAAAUUUUUUCCUGAAAGAAAAACUGAAAAUAAAAGUAGACAUUUGUUUUGCAUUUGUUAAUGUGUAUUACAACUGUCAUUUGAUUACUGAUUUUGCAAUGUGUAAAAUCACACUAUGAAAAGCAGUAAAUUAAAAAAAAAAAAAGCAGUAAAUUUUGAUUGGUGCGUGGAUCUAUGUUAUCUUAUAAUGCAACUGAAUGCUGAUUAUUUAAUUAAAAAAAUAAACGAAAAUAAAAUAAAUCUCAUUUCCAUGGAUGUCACUUGUGAGCAUUUGAUGAUGCCUAAAUGGGUGUGAUCAUUAGUAAUAUAUAUAUAGACACAUAUAUAUUAUUAUAUGCUAAAAACAAUAUAUCCGUAUCUUAUUUAACACUUAAUAAUUUGAAGAACGCGCAUUGGACACACUUUUCCUGAUGGAAAAAAUAAUGAUAAAAGUGAUCCACAUAACACCACAGAUGGACAAAACUAGUGUCUAUUAUCUGUAUUACAUGUAAACCAUAAUUUCAAGCCAAGUUCUUCCAAAAGACCAGAACGAUACAAUCCACGAAGCAACAUACGAGUUCGCCGUGGUCACAAUAAAGUUAAGAAAAAUAGAUCGAGAUUUUCACCAGCAGACAGCAAAAACUUUUAGAAUACUAAGUUACAAAGGUUAAUACUGCAUAUCUGAAACUUAGCACAGCAAACAAAGCAAAUAUCAUUGCAUUAGUCUUGCUCGUUAGCCAGAACUAUUGGACUUGAAAAUGGGUGUUGUUCCAUCAUGACGUAUUCAUCGCAUCUGCGUGAUAUGAAUCCAAUUCUUUGUCCAAUUGAGCUGCUGAUUUCUCGACGGGUUGCUUUCUCUCAAGGCCUCGGCCAAAGCCACGUCCACCACGGCCACGCCAACUCCCAUUCCCACGGCCCCUGCCUCGGUAUGCUCCACGGCUCCACC